UCACGCCCCUUGUUCGGGUUUGCAUUAUGUGUAUUUUGGGCCCCCCCCCGCACGGUCUGAAAUUUAGUCUUUGCGCUUGGGGACACCAGGGGGACAGGGGCUGGGGGCUGAGUGGAAAGCACACUCCUGCUGUGUGGAAAACGAGUCAGGACGCAGAGGGUAAAGGAAGCCAUCAGCGAGGCAGGGUCUCCAACCCCCGGCUGCGGCUGGGAACCUGGAGAGCAGAACCGAUCGCCUGGAGACCUCACCCUGGAGAGGCCAGUGUUAGGAGGAUUUAUGACAGGCAGCUGUCCUUGCAGUGUGACUCGAGUGGAAACACCAUGAUGUGAAGGAGUGGUCAGGUGAAAAGGACGGAAGUCCACAUUCCUUCAUAGCAAGGCCCCAAGUGUUUGCUCAUCUCCCCUCGGCUCGCUUUGCCAUCUUAGCACACACACACACACACGCUCUUCCUUGUGUGGAGGGAAAUCAACCAAGGCCCAGCUCUGUAGGUACUGAAGGAUUAACUUACCAGUUCUACAGUUUAAAGAUGUGCCAGUAUCAUCCGAAAAGAUUUGCAAUGUGUCCAAGAUUAUUCAAGAAACCAGUAGCAUACCAGCAAACUCUAUGGGCUUUUCAAGAUUAGAUUCAAAAUCUGUAUCUGUGGGACCCCUGGAUACUGACCUGGUCACUACUUGUUCAAUCUAGUGCAGUACCAUGGCUGAGACCGGGGAAGAGGAGACAGCAUCUGCAGAAGCCUCAGGGUUCUCAGACUUAAGUGACUCAGAGUUAGUUGAGUUUCUGGACCUGGAAGAUGCCAAAGAAUCGGCUGUUUCACUUAGCAAGCCUGGCCCUUCUUCUGAACUCCCCGGAAAGGAUGACAAACCUGUAAGCUUGCAGAACUGGAAACGGGAAUUGGAUGUCUUGUCACCCAUGGAGAGAUUCCACUUGAAAUAUUUAUAUGUCACUGACCUGUGUACUCAGAACUGGUGUGAGCUGCAGAUGGUGUAUGGGAAGGAACUUCCUGGUUCUUUGACGCCUGAGAAAGCAGCUGUUUUGGACACUGGUGCUAGCAUCCACCUAGCAAAAGAACUAGAACUUCAUGACCUUGUAACCGUCCCCAUCACCACUAAAGAAGAUGCUUGGGCAGUUAAGUUUCUGAAUAUACUAUCAAUGAUUCCUACCCUACAGUCGGAAGGGCGCAUCAGAGAGUUUCCAGUGUUUGGGGAAGUGGAGGGGAUUUUUCUUGUUGGGGUGAUUGAUGAGCUGCACUACACAUCCAAGGGGGAACUGGAGCUGGCUGAACUCAAGACACGAAGACGCCCUGUGCUCCCCCUGUCAGCUCAGAAAAAGAAAGACUGUUUUCAAGUUAGCCUAUACAAAUAUAUCUUUGAUGCCAUGGUACAAGGCAAAGUGACUCCUGCUAGCCUAGUCCACCACACUAAAUUGUGUCUAGACAAGCCACUGGGGCCUUCAGUGCUGAGGCAUGCCAGACAAGGAGGCGUGUCUGUAAAGUCUUUGGGUGACCUUAUGGAACUGGUUUUCUUAUCUCUUACACUGUCUGAUCUCCCAGCUAUUGAUACCCUAAAACUUGAGUAUAUCCAUCAAGAGACUGCCACCAUAUUGGGCACAGAGAUUGUAGCCUUUGAAGAAAAAGAAGUGAGAAGCAAGGUGCGGCAUUAUGUGGCCUACUGGAUGGGCCACCGAGAUCCUCAAGGUGUUGAUGUGGAGGAGGCAUGGAAGUGUCGGACCUGUGACUAUGUGGACAUCUGCGAGUGGAGAAGGAGCAGCGGAGUGCUCCGCUCUUCGUGUGAGCCUAAAGCCAAGAAGUUGAAAUGAAUGAAGGUAGACUUUUAGAAAUGUUGCUCCUUUCGGUUCUUAAUACAUCUGCGUAAGAGGAUCAGUCUCUCAGCUUGGCUCUCGUGGACAAUGUUUUUUAUUUUUAUGUCUACAAUCUUGAAUAAGAUUCCAAUCCAGGGCCAAGGAUCAGGAAUGAGGAGAGACGUGGUGUUAGAGUGACCUUGGAGCUUUGAGAUAAAUCGCAAAGAAGACGGAUACACAUUAUGUCUGCAGCAAGCCUAUCCUUCACCCAAUCAUUGUCAGCUCAAGAAAAUUCUCUGGAUUCUGAUAAAUCUUUAAUUUUUUCUUGAUAAUUUUUUUUUUACAUUUUUACAAUAAAAAUGAAAU